AUGGGCAUCUUGGAUUUACAGAUGUUUGAUGAGGUGAGACGAAUGAAUAAAAGACAAUUACUAUAUCAAGGUUUAAAUUGUGCCAUGAUUGUAUCUUCUGCAUUAAUGAUUUGGAAAGGAUUAAUGGUUAUCACGGGAUGUGAAAGUCCCAUUGUGGUUGUGUUAUCGGGUUCUAUGGAGCCAGCUUUUCACAGAGGUGACUUGCUAUUAUUAACGAAUGACCGCUCAGAUCCAAUCAGAGCUGGCGACAUUACUGUGUUUAAAAUUGAAGGACGAGACAUUCCGAUUGUGCAUCGAGUAAUUAAAGUACAUGAGAAAGAUAACGCAGAAACGAAAUUUUUAACGAAAGGUGACAAUAAUCAGGUUGAUGAUCGAGGACUGUACGCUUCAGGACAGUACUGGCUUACGCGUAAAGAUGUUAUUGGGCGCGCGAAAGGCUUUGUACCUUAUGUAGGGAUGGUGACAAUACUGAUGAACGACUAUCCGAAAUUAAAAUAUGGAGUGUUGAUCGCUUUAGGUGCUUUUGUUAUUUUACACAGAGAAGGGUAG